CUCUCGGGCGCCGCUCCCGCUCCUGCUCCCGGUGCGGCUCCCGGUGCCGCCCCCUCCGCCCCGCCGGGCCAUGGCGUUCACGCUCUACUCGCUGCUGCAGGCCUCGCUCCUCAUCGUCAAUGCCGUGGCCGUGCUGCACGAGGAGCGCUUCCUCCGCCACGUUGGCUGGGGAAGCGAUCAAGGGAUUGGAGGAUUUGGAGAGGAACCAGGAAUUAAAGCACAGCUGACAAACCUCAUUCGAUCAAUACGAACUGUUAUGAGAGUGCCGUUAAUAGCCCUGAAUUCCAUCACAAUCGUUCUCCUCCUGUUGUUCGGCUGAAGACACCUGGCAGAAAUCCUUCGGACAUCCAAAGAAACCAGUUGCUGACCACCACUGCUCUGAUUUCCCUGGGAUCCAGCAAGGUUUAGCUGUCAAUCUGACAUUCAACUUAAAAUAAUAAAAGACACUGUUUCUAUUUAUCCCAUUUCCUAAUGUUCCCUUGCAGUUUCAUUAAGCAGGAUCACGGGAUCAAUGCAACAACGCUGCAAACACAUUGGACUGUGACCAGUUCUGUUGCUGCCUGUUCAUAGUGUUGAUUAAUUAUUAGAAUAAAUGUCAUAGGAUGUUGCAGUGACUGGCAAUGGGAUGCAGCUUUUAAAUGCCUCGUUACUCAGGGAUGAAUUUCCUUCAGUACGCUCUCCAAUUUUUGUUUUAAAUUGAGGAAAGCAACAAUGUGUUUGUUUUCAUUUCAGUUACUACCAUGGAACUGUUUAAGAGAACAUGAAUUAGGCUCUGAAAACGUGUUGUAAAGAAUAAUUGUUAUAAAGGAUUGAAGUCCAGCUGUGAUAUGGAGGGAGAUAAAACCAGCUGGGUAAAGUCCUGAUUCAGGUUAACAUUGAAAGCUGAAUUUUCCUGCUUUGACUGGGGAUUUUUGUCUUCAAAUCAGUAUUUCAUACUAAUGGUAAAGCCAGUUGCAAAUGAGUGCAACUGCAGUGCAAAAUUAAAGAUCUAAAAAUUAAGAAAAAAAAGCUGUACCUAAAGCUGGGCAACUCUGUGUUAACUUUGGGGAUAUUAGUAAUUAGCAUUUGUUACUCUUCUGUCAAGGAUUGUUAUUAUACUUUUUAAAAUAUGUAUUAAACUUCUGCGUGGUGAUUACUGUG